UGGGCAGAGCAUCCCCACGGCAAUGUCCAAGGGCUUGAAGAAGAAAAGCCACUGGACGAGCCGAGUCCACGAGAUUGUGAUCGUGAGGAACCCGGAGGGACAGCUGGGCUUCGAGCUGAAGGGGGGCGCCGAGAACGGGCAGUUCCCCUACCUGGGGGAGGUGAAGCCCGGCAAGGUGGCCUAUGAGGGCGGCAGCAAGUUAGUACCGGAGGAGCUGCUGCUGGAGGUGAACGAGACGCCUGUGGCCGGGCUCACCAUCAGGGAUGUGCUGGCUGUGAUCAAGCACUGCAAAGACCCCAUCCGGCUCAAGUGCGUCAAGCAAGGAGGCAUUGUUGAUAAGGACCUUCGUCACUACCUCAAUUUGCGGUUCCAGAAAGGUUCGGUAGACCAUGAGCUCCAGCAGAUCAUAAGAGACAAUCUCUACCUCCGUACAGUGCCAUGCACCACAAGGCCACAUAAGGAGGGGGAAGUCCCUGGUGUGGACUAUAUUUUCAUCACUGUUGAAGAUUUUAUGGAAUUGGAGAAAAGUGGUGCUCUCUUAGAAAGUGGCACAUAUGAAGACAACUAUUACGGCACCCCGAAGCCUCCAGCAGAACCGGCUCCACUGCUGUUAAAUGUAACAGAUCAGAUCCUCCCAGGUGCGACUCCCGGGGCUGAAGGCAAACGUAAAAGGAAUAAGUCUGUGAGCAAUAUGGAGAAGACAGGUAUUGAGCCACCGGAGGAAGAGGAGGAAGAAAGACCUGUGGUCAAUGGAAAUGAUGUGACAGUAACACCAGAGUCAAGUGAACAUGAAGAGAAGAGCACAGGUGUCUCAGGUGAGAUAUCUUCCACCCAACCUUGUCCUGCACCAGGAUAUACUCAGCCUGAAGAAGCAAAGGAGGAUAUGGAUGUAACAAAGCAGACUAAACCUGAAGAGAAUGAUGACUUGGGCCCACUGCCUGAUAACUGGGAAAUGGCUUAUACAGAAAAGGGGGAAGUCUACUUUAUUGACCAUAACACAAAGACAACAUCAUGGCUGGAUCCACGACUUGCGAAAAAGGCUAAACCUCCAGAAGAGUGCAAAGAAAAUGAGCUUCCAUAUGGCUGGGAGAAAAUUGAUGAUCCCAUUUAUGGCACUUAUUAUGUUGACCACAUAAAUAGAAGAACACAAUUUGAAAAUCCUGUCCUAGAAGCAAAAAGGAAGCUACAGCAGCAUAACAUGCCCAACGCAGAACUUGGAACAAAGCCUAUGCAGGCCCAAGGUUUCCGAGAAAAACCACUCUUCACCCGUGAUGCAUCACAGCUGAAGGGGACUUUCCUCAGUACAACUCUUAAGAAAAGCAACAUGGGCUUUGGAUUUACCAUCAUUGGUGGGGAUGAGCCAGAUGAGUUUCUCCAGGUGAAGAGUGUAAUUCCUGAUGGGCCUGCAGCACAAGAUGGGAAAAUGGAAACAGGUGAUGUCAUUGUCUAUAUUAAUGAAGUUUGUGUCCUUGGACAUACCCACGCAGAUGUAGUCAAACUCUUCCAGUCUGUUCCUAUUGGUCAGAGUGUCAACUUGGUGCUAUGUCGUGGAUACCCUUUGCCCUUUGAUCCUGAAGAUCCUGCCAACAGCAUGGUGCCACCCCUUGCAGUAAUGGAGAGGCCUCCGGUAGUGGUAAAUGGAAGACAUAACUAUGAAACUUAUUUGGAAUACAUUUCUAGGACUUCUCAGUCUGUUCCAGACGUAACAGAUCGACCACCACACUCCUUGCACUCCAUUCCAGCAGAUAGUCAGCUUGAUAGCACAUUCCCACCACCUGCCCAUGAUGAUAAUGUAUCAAUGGCUUCUUCUGGGGCCACCCAAGCUGAACUCAUGACCUUAACCAUUGUGAAAGGGGCCCAGGGCUUUGGCUUCACUAUAGCAGACAGUCCUACAGGACAGAGGGUGAAGCAAAUUCUAGACAUUCAGGGAUGUCCUGGUUUGUGUGAAGGUGACCUCAUUGUUGAGAUCAACCAGCAGAAUGUACAGAACCUGAGCCAUGCAGAAGUAGUGGAUAUACUUAAAGAAUGUCCUGUUGGAAGUGAAACUUCUUUGAUUAUCCAUAGAGGAGGUUUCUUUUCUCCAUGGAAAACUCCAAAGCCUAUGAUGGAACGAUGGGAAAAUCAAGGCAGCCCUCAAACAAGCCUUUCUGCUCCAGCUAUGCCUCAGAAUAUUCCCUACCCACCUGCUCUUCACAGGAGUUCAUUUCCCGAUUCAACAGAGGCCUUUGAUCCACGAAAACCUGACCCAUAUGAGCUGUAUGAGAAAUCAAGAGCUAUUUAUGAAAGUAGGCAACAAGUGCUGCCCAGGACUGGUUUUCGAGCGGAUUCUUCUGGUCCCGAUUACAAGGAGCUGGAUGUUCACCUUCGGAGAAUGGAGUCUGGGUUUGGCUUCAGGAUCCUGGGAGGGGAUGAGCCUGGACAGCCUAUUCUUAUUGGAGCAGUAAUUGCCAUGGGCUCAGCAGACCGAGAUGGUCGUCUCCACCCUGGUGAUGAGCUGGUAUAUGUAGAUGGGAUUCCUGUGGCUGGCAAAACCCACCGAUACGUGAUUGAUCUUAUGCAUAAUGCUGCCCGAAAUGGGCAAGUGAAUCUUACUGUGAGGAGAAAGGUGCUACCCACAGGAGAACCGUGCCCAGAGAAUGGCAGAAGCCCAGGCUCGGUGUCUACGCACCACAGUUCUCCAAGAAGUGACUACACUACUUAUGCUAACAGCAAUCAUGCUGUCUCUAGUAGCAAUGCUACACCACCCGAGGGCUUCACUUCUCACAGCCUGCAAACCAGUGAUGUGGUGAUCCACCGCAAGGAGAAUGAAGGCUUUGGCUUUGUUAUCAUCAGUUCCCUGAACAGGCCUGAAUCUGGGUCCACAAUAACUGUACCCCAUAAAAUAGGGCGGAUAAUUGAUGGAAGUCCUGCAGAUCGCUGUGCAAAACUUAAAGUUGGAGACCGGAUCUUAGCUGUGAAUGGCCAGUCUAUUAUAAACAUGCCUCAUGCAGAUAUUGUGAAGCUAAUUAAAGAUGCAGGUCUCAGUGUAACUCUUCGCAUCAUUCCUCAGGAGGAGCUGAACAGCCCAGCCUCAGCCCCCAGCUCGGAGAAGCAGAGCCCCAUGGCCCAGCAGCACAGCCCCGUGGCCCAGCAGAGUCCCCUGGCACAGCAGAGCCCCCUCGCCCAGCACAGCCCCAUCUCCCAGCCGCCACCUCCUCAGCCCCUCCAGCUGCAAGGACAUGAAAACAGUUAUAGGUCAGAAGUAAAAGCCAGACAGGAUGUGAAACCUGACAUCCGGCAACCUCCAUUUACAGACUACAGGCAGUCCUCAACAGACUACCGACAGCCUCCACUGGAUUACAGGCAUCCUCCGGUGAUGGAUUACCAGCAGCCACCACCUCUCGACUACAGGCAGCCACCGUUGAUAGAUUACAGGCAGCAUUCAUCUGACACCAGGCAGUACCCCCUGUCAGAGUACAGGCAGCCCCAGGACUUUGAUUAUUUCACCGUUGAUUUGGAGAAAGGAGCCAAAGGUUUUGGGUUUAGUAUUCGAGGAGGAAGGGAGUACAAAAUGGAUUUGUAUGUGUUGAGGUUAGCAGAAGAUGGGCCAGCAAUAAGAAAUGGAAGGAUGAGGGUAGGAGAUCAAAUAAUUGAAAUCAAUGGAGAAAGCACAAGGGACAUGACACAUGCCAGAGCAAUAGAGCUAAUCAAGUCUGGUGGCAGGAGAGUGCGACUGUUGUUGAAACGUGGAACAGGACAGGUCCCAGAAUAUGACGAACCAAACUCCUGGAGUGCUCCCUCUGCCACCUCCCCAGGUCUGCCGGAAGUAGCUCUUUCCCUCGAUGACAUUAUCUCACCAUUAUCUUCAUCACACAUAGCCCCACCCUCUGACCCUUCUCACCAGAUAAGCCCAGAGCCAACAUGGGAUAUCAAGAGGGAACACGAUGUAAGGAAACCAAAGGAGCUUUCGGUGAACGGUCACAAAAAGAAAAGGUUAGGAGAACAAAGAGAAAGGUCAGCAAGUCCUAAAAAGGUAGACAGGUCAAAGCAUGAAGAGGCUUCUUGGAAAGGAUAUUCAGAAGGCAAAAAUAAGACCACUGAUGGUGGCAGGCCCACCUCAGAAAGCAAAGUGGUGGGACACAGCGUUAUGAUCGAGGCUGGCGCAAGAGAGCACGUGUGUGCUGGAACCAGUGAUGAACAGUUUGGGAGGCUGAGGAAGCCGGAAAGCAAGAGAGGAGGAUCUCUUAGCAAAAAAGAAGAUCACAAAUCUGCAAAUAUCAGUGAGAAGAAACCAGCUGCAGCACCUGACCAUGUCAAGCUUGAUACGGGUGCUACCAAGACGUACAGUAGCAACCGCUGCAGCUCACCUGGAAGUGAUAUGGACCACAGCCAGAGGGACCCUGAUGGGAAACCCAGCGAGUUCCCCAGGAAGGGACAUCUCCACUCCAUUAGCACUCACAGCACCAACACCACAGUUCGAAAGGCAACGGUCUCCCCAGGGCCGUGGAAAAUCCCUGGCUCAGAUAAGCUACCUAGCGUCCUGAAGUCUGGUACUUCUGCCAUGAGCAGAUAAGCAAGGGACUGUUGCCCUCUAACUGUCUCAAACUGACGCAGAACAUUCUUCUUAGGUUUUGUCUCACAUUGGUUUGUUUUAAUUUAUUUUAGCUAUCACACAUAUACACAAAGCAUUGAGGAAUGAAAGCAUUAGUGUGUAAUUCCAUGACAAUGUGCACAGUAUCUAAUAAGUUCAAAAGCAUAUAGUCAACACAGAGAUUUAAAAUCGACCCUAAAGUCCCAGUUCCAUUUUAGGGACUUUGGCAGCUAUGGAAGAAACCAAAACAAUAUGAAGGACAGUACAUCAGAGAAGGAUAGUGCAGUGUAGCUUUAGCAUUUUUUUUCCCACUGCAUGAAGGACUUGGAUUUCAUUCAAACUUUAUAUCAAGAAACUGGAACACGUUAGAGCAAUCACAAACUGGAACAUCGCCUUAAAUAAAACUGCACGGAGCAAGCUGAAACAGAGAGAGGAUCUUUUCAUGGAGCUAAAAUGUUGUAAAUAAAUUGUUCUCGACAUAUCUAGACAGGGGCUAAAGGGUUUCUUUGAAGCAUCGUUCAGAACUGUACACCCAUGACACCUCUCCACUGUUAACACUUUGGGAUAGUCCACGUGGUACCCUGUAGCAUAGUUCACUGGGCGCUACGGGAGGAGUGGGGAAUCCAGUGGAUUAGUUUCUGUGAUACCAUUUCUACUGCCAUUUUUGUGAACAAACCAUGUUUCUGUACAUUGGAAAGGAGUUAGGGUGGCGUUGUAUUUGCAAAUUACUCUCAAAAGUGAUUUAUUACAGGUUCCCCAAAUCCUGCGAAGUAGCAGACAAACCAAUUGGUCAGGCUCAAAACCGAGACAUCUGCAAGGCCCUUGCAAUGAAAGGAAGAGUGCUACGGAGAAAAAGCUGCAGUUUCCUUAAGGAAAGGCCUUUCCUUCCUGCAGAAGAUGAUAGCUUCACUUAUCAACAGUGCUAUGUUUCAAACCCAUCUGCAUUUAGUUAGGACACUCUCAUCUUCCAUCCCCUCAGUUUGGCAGAGCAGGUGCCCUUCAGGCACAUGUUAACAAUAAUUAGACUGGUUUCUGAAAUACAGUUGUCAGUGUCCUCGUUCAGUAAAUUUGAUAUAUUUCCAUUUUUAGAAUGGUUUCCAUGUGAUCAUUUCUUCCCUACCUCCAUUUUUUGUUUGUUUUGUUUUGGGGUUUUGGUUUUUUUUUUGGUCUUUUGUUUUUAACUUUCUUGCUUGUCUGUUUUGAAUUUCAAGCCUUAAGUGCCAGGUAAACAUUCCAGUCUGCCUUCACAGGAAAUAACUCCGAGUUCAGUCAAACAGUCAUUAUCUUGUUUCAAAAAGAUGCGUGCGUGUCUGUGUAAGUGUGCAUAUGCUUAUUUGUCUGUCAAAAUUGAAACAAAAUCCUGGGCAAUAAUACAUUGGUAAUUAAAAAAUCAGAGAAAAAAAGUCAUGAAGAAAGUCCUGUCAAAAAUUUGUAUUUAAAAGUUACUGUUCUCUAACAAUCUUAGUUCCUCACAUGCUCUGCUGAAAAAUUAGACUGAGAUUGGCUUUGUUCCAAGAAAUUAGCACAUUACUGUAUGUCUCAAACAUUGCACUGGACUGAGAAAUUUAUAGGCAUGUUUCUUCCUGUCCAAUUAUUUGAAAAGCCUCAAGUCAAGGAUUUUGCAGCUUUCAAACAAGUUUUUCUUUCAGAAAGAAAACUCCAUUUAAAAUAUGAUUUCUUAAAAAGCACAAGUCCAUGUAGCUGUUUAUAAAACUCUUAUUUAACAGAGGAAAAAAACAUCUUUAUCCCCUGAACUAGAAUCCAGUAUAAUUUGCCAUUAAUUUAUUGAAUCUGAUUUUGGGCAAUGCUUCUGUAGUGUAGAUGCACAUCCCAGUAUCUUAUUUUUAUGUAUAAAGAAAGCAAACAAUAAAAUCUGAAAAACAGUUGGGAUUAUGCUUGCAUAAACUCUAAUUUGCACAGUUCACAGCUACUCCUUGUGCAGUAAUUGCUUUAUGCGGCUGUAAUCGAUAACCUGUGAAGACAGCACAUCAUCUAAACCCCAUUCCAAAUAAUAUUUCUGUGUAGUGUUAGCUGUGAAUUUACCCUGUACAGCUCUAUCUCUAUAAAUAUAAUUCCAUGUAUUAAUAGUCACAGAAAGGCUGUAAGUGAGCAACUAUUUUUAUGAAACGCACCACUAUGGAUAAAUUAACUUUUACAGAAAUCUUGUUUACUGUAUGAUAUUCUAAACCACUGUCAAAUAAAAUAUAUAUCCAAAA